UUCAACUCCCAGAGUUGAAUUCUGGAGAAUUCUAGGAGUUGAAGUCCAGAAGUCUUAAAGCUGCCAAGUUUGAAGACCUCUGGUUUAAUGAAGUGUAAGGGCUAUUUUUGCUUUCAAUUUGGCUCCCUUGACUUACUAUACACAUAAAGACACAUGUAAUGACAGGUACAAGUUGUUUAUGCAAUUUCAUGAAAAAAUAAGCCCAUGAGAGCAAUGUGUUGAAAAUCUUAAAGUUUGUCUCUCCUUUGUAUGGAUUUGACCUUGUUGAUGGGGUAGGGAAUAAGAUGGAGGUGUUUUUGAAAAAUGUCCUGAUAUGAUACGUUCUCUCUGCCAUAGCAUAGCUUCAGGAACCCCUUUAUAGCAGCUCCAUUCUGGGUCACAUAACUAAGUGAAGGACAACUGGUGGCGUUGUUCAACUGCUUCUCUCAUAUGGAUGCACUGACGGGAAUUUGUCCUAGAUAUUUUUUUGUCCACUGCCUCCCAUGUGAUUAGUCCAUUUUUUUUAUUUUGAUCUUCCAUUUUGUUGACUUCUCCCACCAUACUAAGAUUGACCUUAUUUCAUAUCCUACUGACCAAUGAGACAGAUAGAGUCCCAAUACCAUUUACUUAGUUUCUUUCCAGCAUUUAUUUGGAUUGGAGAGCAUAAAAAUAAUUGCUAGCUGGAAAAGAAAAAAAUUGCCAAGUCUUUCUCUCCAAAUUAUGCUUCAAAUUUCUGCAGUGAACAGCAGAAUGAAAUAAAACAUAUAAUAAAAAUGAUGACAUUAAUGUUAUUUGGAAAAUUAAAUAAUUCAGCUGCUUUCUCCUACAAUAAAAUAUCAUGCCUCAUCUGAUACUUUCUGACAAAAGAACUAGCAAAUGCAUUUUUACUGUGAAUCUAUUCAAAUCCACAGUUGCCUUUUCUAUGGGUUGCUCCAUGAACGGUGGAUUUGAGACCUGCUUCACAUAGGAUAGUACUCUGACAGCAUUGCCUCCUUAAAAGGAUAGAAGUCCUUAUCUAAUUAUCUUAAAUAACUUAAUCUAAUUAAGUUGUGAACUUAAAUUAGAAAACCUUUGGCAGUGAUUCUAUUUUAUUUAAAGGGAAGAUACAUAAACAGGGCCAUAUUUUCAAGUAGGUGGCAGCUUUAAAACGUGAAAAACUGGAAUAACCACCAAUGAGGCAAGGAAGAAUCUGAAGGGAAGUGCAGCAAUGUAAAGCAAGCUUUAAAUUCAUUAAAUCAAAAAGACAAAUAAUCAACAAUUGAAAAUGUCAGGAAGACAUCUACAGAAAUGCUUGCCUCAAGCUGGAUAUUGAAACUUGAAAACCUAAGAAAUUUAUUGAUGAGAAGCAAGGGUAAUUAUUUAAAGAGAAAACAUGAAGGCAUUUUCGUUGAGGCAAGCAGAGAACAUGGUUACCAUUUUGCAACAACCUAAGGAACUGGAACACAUAACAUGCUGAAAGAGCCAUGGACUGUUGGCAGAAAGUACAUCAGAGUGGGUGGAUUUUUCCAACUCUGGUCCUUUGUAUUUAUGGCUUCUUUACCAUGAUGAGGCCAUCUGAACCUUUCCUCACACCUUACCUUACUGGACCUGAAAAAAAUCUGACUAUUGAUGAGGUGACGCAACAUAUUUUUCCAGUUUGGACAUACUCCUACCUGGCCCUGCUCUUCCCUGUAUUUCUGAUUACAGACUAUGCACGCUAUAAACCUAUAAUUAUUCUACAGGGGAUUAGCUUAAUCGUUACGUGGGUGUUACUUUUGUUUGCCUCUGGCAUAUCAGCCAUGCAGCUGGCAGAGUUUAUGUAUGGACUUGCAACAGCCACAGAGGUUGCCUAUUAUGCUUAUAUAUAUAGCGUUGUCAGUGCUGAUUAUUAUCAGAAAGUGACAGGUUAUUGCAGAAGUAUCACCCUGGUGGCAUCCACCCUGGGAUCUCUGCUUGGACAGCUUUUAGUUUCUUUAGGCCAGGUAUCUUAUUUUUAUCUUAAUGUCAUAACUUUAGCUUCUGUGUCUAUGGCAUUUAUAUCUUCAUUUUUUCUGCCCAUGCCACAAAAAAGCAUGUUCUUCCACAGAAAGUCUUCCCCAGAACCUUUCAGUGGAUCAGUAGAGAAAGUUACAGCACAAAUUUCCAACCAACAAACCAAGCAACAGGACAAAGAGAUGACAAAAUCAGUGGCCAGGCCCCAGGAUUUAACUGAGCAUGAGCCAUCCAAAAUUAAAAUCCAGAGUCGCUUUCUGUCAAUCCUAAAGCAGUUGUGCAUGGAUCUGAAAGACUGUUAUACAACUAAAAAACUUCUUUACUGGUCAAUGUGGUGGGCUUUAGCUACUGCAGGAUUUAACCAAAUUUUGAAUUAUGUGCAAGUACUUUGGGAUGAUAAAGCACCUUCUCAUAGUUCUGAAGUUUAUAACGGAGCUGUUGAAGCCAUAGCUACAUUUCUAAGUUCAAUAGCAUCAUUAGCUGUGGGAUAUGUGAAACUGAACUGGGAUCUAACUGGAGAACUGGCACUGGGAAUCUUCUCUGCCCUGGAUGCUACUUCACUUAUUGUGAUGCAUUUUAUCCAGAACAUCUGGGUCUGCUAUGCUAGCUAUUUAGUGUUCAAAGCUUGUUAUAUGCUCCUUAUAACCAUAGCCACAUUCCAGAUUGCUAUCAACCUCAGUAUGGAGCGCUAUGCCUUGAUGUUUGGCUUCAACAAUUUUGUUGCACUGCUAAUUCAAACUAUACUGACUGUUAUUGUAGUUGAUUCAAAAGGUCUGGGCCUGGAUAUUGGGACUCAGGUAAGUUGGACAGGUAAUAUGGGCACUGUUGCUGAAUCAGUAUUUCUGAAGACUUUCACAUCUUUUCAGUAAUCACCUUCUGAAAUGAAUGGACUUUGGAAUUUCAAACUAAAUAGGGAUAGUUAGCCUUUUGCCAGGGAUUGUACUUGUGUUUUGGAAGGUUGAUAUUACUACAAAAACUAAGCCUAUCAGUCAACACAUUCAUUUUUAAUUUCUUACUAAAAACAAGUGCACUAUUGCUUAGUUCUAAAUCCUUACAAAGAUUGAGUAAUCAUAACAAAAACUAAAUUAGGAAAUAUUAGAAGGCAAAAUGAAAUUAAUUACUAUGUUGGAACUACAGGCCAUACCUGGGUUAAAAAUGAGAUCAUUCCUAAAUUUGUUUUUAAGUCAAAUUUGUAUUUAAGUCAGAACUCAUAUUUAUGAACAGACUGCCUAUUAAACUACUG